AUGAUUAUAUCAAAUUUUUACCAAAGUUUUGAUGAAUAUGGAAGAGUAACCGGAUUUUUUGCUAUGGUAUUAUUAUGUUGUUCAGCUGUUAUAUAUCCAAUGGGAUUUGAUUCAGAACUUAUUGGAGGCGCUCCAUUUCAACUUCCAACCGAUUAUCGUAUAGGUUAUUGUUACAUAUUUUUUGUUUUAUCAACAUGGUUAACAGUAUUUCGUCGUUGUCUGCCUUGUGUGAUGUUUGAUCGUUCAUCUUUUUCUAUUUGGACUGUUAUCAAAUCGUGUGUUGGUAAAGAUUUAACAAAAUUUUCAAUUCCCGUCAUAUGGAAUGAACCGUUAAGUUUUAUACAACGUUUAGCUGAACAGUUCGAAUAUUCUGAUUUAUUAGAUCAAGCAGCCAAUUAUCAUUCAGAACAAACAGAAGAACGUUUACACUUAAUUACAGCAUUUUUAAUUUCAAAUAUGUCAGCGAAUCUCGAACGAAUAUCAAAACCAUUUAACCCUAUUUUGGGUGAAACAUACGAAUUACAAGUGAAAGAUGGUGAAGAUAAUGUAAAAUUUCACUAUGUCGCUGAACAAGUUAGUCAUCACCCACCAAUUUCAGUGUAUUAUUGUAAAGGAAAACAGUGGAUACUCACAUCAACUGUACAGCCAAAAGUUAAAUUUCAUGGAACAUCAGUUGAAGCCAUACCUGAUGGCUGUUGGAUAUUAAAAAUUAAGAAAUCUGCUCCCAAAGGCUCUAAUUUAACUGUAGAAACUACGAAUGGCACUUUAAAACAUUCCAAUUCGUCGGGUAGUUUUCAUUCAUGUAACGAUGAAUCAUCUACUCAAGAACAAGUUGAACAAGACUCUGAAUAUGAUGUUUAUACAUGUUAUUCUCCAUCGUUAACAGUUCAUAACGUUAUAUUUGGUAAAUUAUGGUGUGAAUUUCAUGGACAAAUUGACAUUCAUGAUCAUACGAAUGGAACUAGAGCUGUUGUUCAACUCAAAUCGGCAUACUCAUGGUUUACCACAUCGAAACACGAUUUAUAUAAAUUUGACGGAUAUAUGAGUAAAGGAACGACAAAAUUAAGUGCAUUUCAUGGAAAUUAUGGACAUUGUUAUUAUAGAAUCAACGAUUUAAACGAUUAUACAACACCACACUCACGUAACAAUACGAGUUCUAAAAAAUGUGAUAUUGGAGGUCAUAAUGUUUUAUGGAUGAAUAAUUCCUCUCUAACUCCUUCACCAUGUGAUGUAAAUCUUUACAAAUCGUCUCGACUCGUAUGGUAUAGAAAUUUACGAAUGACACAAGAUGAAUUAAAAGAUCGUUCAAGAUAUUAUUAUUUUACACAUUUUACAUAUUGUUUAAAUCAAGAAAUAGAAGAAUCAACAACAAUAAAACUACCAAGAACUGAUUCUCGUUUUCGUCAAGAUGUUCGUCAAUUAGAAUUGGGUAAUUUAGAGCUAUCAUCGGCAGAAAAACAUCGACUCGAGGAAAAACAACGACAACAGCAUAGAAAUUCAAGACAUAUGUCAAGUAGUGAUACGAGUACUGUGGUAAUUCAAUCAACAGUUGGUUGGCGACCUUUAUGGUUUGAUUUAGUUCCAAAUAUUUAUAGUUCAAAUAAAGAUGAACAAAUGUGGAAAUUUAAUGGAAAUUAUUUUAAACGAAAUUUUGAUAAAUGUCCAGAUUUAUUUUAA